AUGAAGCGCGUGAUAACAGAGGGGUUUGUCAACAUGUCUGUUGAUAGAGUAGGUGUCAGACACCCAGGCCUCCAACAGUUCUCGGCCUGUCUUAUUGCUGGCCCGCGCUACCAUCCGCGUGCUCGCGAAGUUGAAUUUGUGGCCUUCCUUCAGGCUGUGAGUGGCGACCUGAGACAACGGGUCACCCAUCCGGCCCGCCCGUUUAUGCUCCGUUAUUCGUGAGUUAAGUUUUCCGGUCUGUCCCGUGUAGUGGCGAGAGCAGUCGCGACAUGGAAUCAGAAAAAAAUAAAUCGUACAAAACAACAUCAUGCGAAAACGACAUUUCUGUUAUUGUAUGCGUCAUCUUCUGGUAAAUUAUCUAAUCAGUUUUGCAAAUAAUGCGAAAACGUUAACCACUAUAUGUGCAACACUUCACCAUGCGAAAUGCUCCGUCGGUUAGCCUCCUAAGGCCAAUUACUUCUGUAGAUUCGGUCCUUCUCGACGAACGAUCGUGCAUCAUACUUGACUUGGAAGAACUCUCAUUAGUUAAUUUGAUGCAUUGGGCUUCCAAUGUGUGAGUAGAAUUGCUUCUUGGAGUAACUCUGGCGCUGACUGUCUAUCAGAUUGACGAGAAUUACAUGCCAGUUUUCGAGGCCUGAAAUUUUUAAGCUGCAUCAGGGUAAAUGGUUUAUCUGAUUAGAUCCAUGUCAUACGUCAGUAGAUGAACAGCUUUAGUCCAAUUUGCCCAGGCUGGUAACUUUGUUUUCACGGGCUACUGACUGUUCUAGGAGUUGAAAACGUGACUGAAAAAAUCGUUAAUGGCGCGAAAUCUUAACAAAAGGAUAGUUACUGAGGGCACGGAUUAACUGUUUCAGACACUUUCGUGAUGGAAAGAGCCGUUUUGAAUAUACAUGUGCGCAUCCUUCUGGUAGAGUUGAUAAUCAAUGUAUAACAUGUACACUUCGUAAAAAUAUCCCAGCGGAAGCUAAGGACCAAAACACCAGACAUCCGAUCAGCCUUCGACACGCGGAUCAAGGCAUUAAGACAAGUUGAACAGAAGUCGAUGAAAUCAUGGAUACCAGGUUUACUCUGCAGUUUAAUUGAGUGAUAUACUGACCAUUAACGAUCCCAUGGAAAAACUACCGACUGAAAACAUGAAAUUUGGUAGAAAUUCAACGUCAAGACUCUUUCCUGAAUCCAAAGAACAAUAAAAAUGUUCCGUUGUUUUUUCAGUAGUCUACGAUCAGAAUAAUCCAUUUUAAACUCUUGGGGUCAGUUAGAAUACCAUUUUGGCAGUGUUCUAAAUUGCACUCGUCAGAAUAUGAUAAAAUGCGCACCACGAGCUUGCAGCACUGAUCAAGUGCCGAAGUUCUAUCCUUCUUCUAGACAAAUCUCAGCCAAAUGCUUCGCAAAAGACAUCCCAGAGGUUUAGCAAAUUUUGUUACACAUUUCUGCCUUUGUCAUCUCUUUAUCAUAUACUCAUCACUUCUCGAAGCAUCUCGGUAUAUUUUGUGACCAAACAACAGCUGAAAACACUGCAAAAUAAAUGGAUGGCCUCGGAAGUGUUAAAUUCCACCGUGAUGCAAUAGGUGAACUUAUGUCUCGUGGAAAAAACUGUGUAGGUAUAGAUAGUACCCAGUGACGGAAUAAGCAUUAUCUUAAUUUAAGUUGUACGCAUGUUAAACCCGUAGUUUCAGAUUGCGUGUUAUUCGGCGGUCGGACGAUUUUAGCUUAUUGUCCUACAGCUAACCGACAACUAACCACUAAUUUGGCGAGAUUGGAUGGUGCCUAGAAGGUUAAAUCGGUUGUCCAUUUCCUUCUUCAAAUAAGAUUAUAUAUCUGAUAUGCCUCAGCUCCGCUCUUCUCGAGAUGAAUUCGGGAAAGUCUCGAGACUCCCUUUAGAUGCUGGUGAAAUUAGUGGUAAGCCCUUUAUGUUCUCGCGCGUUGCCCAAUCGGAGGUAAAAGAGGCCUUAGACCACAGCCAAUUUGCCAUGGAGUACUGUCAUGUUAAACGCUCCCAACAUGGUCUGUGAAAGCACGUGCUGCAGACAUUCAGAUUGCAUCUGGGUGCCUUUCACGGAUUUACCCCGAUUGUAGAGGACAAUUGGCGUUUAGCUGCCGUAUUUCGAUGGCCAACAGAGACAGUUUAAAAUCUCAAUGUGGUGGUCUGCUUGAUGACAAAUGAUGACGGAAAUGGCCAUUCUAAGGUCACUUGUUACUGUCAUUGCCGUGGCUCCAUCCUUAAAAUAUUUCCAUUUUUUCUUGUAAAAUAUAUUCCACUCAGUUAACUUUCUGAUACCCGUCCUGGCAAGUCGUUUAUUUUUGUUCCUAGUAUUUGCUUUAUAGGAAAUUUUGCCAGAUUUGCAUAGGUUAACAGAAUUAAUUGUGAAAAACCUAGAGAGGUCUACCCAGAGGUGUAAUUUUCGCAGAAUAGACUCUAGGAUUCUGUUGACCGUAGCACGAUGAACUUGGCGAUGGGGACCUUCGCCAAAGGGACACAGAAAUGUAAACAAAUACAUACUUACUUAUUUUUUUUAAGUAACCAAAUUAACCAUUGUACCUGCCAAACUGUUUGACCGCCUGACGCCACUGGGUAUUACUGGAUCCCCGUCUUUAGCGGCCUGUUGUGAGUUCGCCUUCUGAGCCCCAACGCCUAACAGGGUUACUGUUUGUAAAAAAAUAAUUUAAAGGGUUGUUAGAAGGAGGUGUAGCCGUAUUUAUUAUAAAGAAACUUGCACGCUUAUUAAAAAUAGCUUAGAAAUGGAUUGAAUCCAUCUCAGGCAACUCGUCGAAUAAAAUUAAAUCUGAGCACUUUAGGUAGCCAUAGAGCACGAAUUGAAUACUUGCUAAAGUUUCAAUGGGUAGGUACUUGGGUUUCAAAGACAGAUCUCUUCACACAUGUGUAGCAUGCGAAAAACAUUUAAACCUCUCAGAAACAGACACAGUCGAUGAGAAGAGUCAGGCGCAUUCAUUCACCAAUCAGAGGCUGAACUCGAAAUUCCCGAACUCAGCCACGUUAACCAUCUGACGCAUUCUAUUAUGUGUGGGAGUUUGAAUCAAUGCAGAUUCUACUAGAAAAACGUCGAUAGGUUUUCUACUUAUUCGUUAUCAGUACAGUGUUCGAAAUUCUGUCAGUCAACAAGAUUCGUUUAAAAUACUCAAAAAAUAAUUAGCCGUUCUGUCCAAACACAAGUGAGCUCUGGUAGCACGUCAGUCCUGAGGCUCUUCAGAGGCAGUUAACCUUCCAUUCAAGUUGUCAAGUCCAGCGGGGAAAUGAAUUUCACUUCCUGAUCUGAACUCAUCAGUUCCCUUCCUGUCAUUUUCAGACUACCGAUGCAGACCGAUUUUUCGUCUAUGAAGCUGAUGCCGGUCUGGGCUUCCUCAUGCUGCGCCUUUUUGGUUGGUCUGUCACCUUGGGCGCCUGUAUAUUCACAGUCUUCCAUCACAGGCAGAAGAUUAGAUUCUACUCUGCCUUCAUACCAACUAUUUCUUUGUGGUGAGUGACGUCUGUCUCUGUAAACUCAUUAAAUUUGCUCCAUUAAAGAUAUGAAAUUGGCACCGGUUAAUUCUAACAUUGUAAAUUUGUGAUUAUAAAUAUUAUCUUUGGCCACUUCUCGAAUAAGAGUUAAAAAGUGUUGUUUACAUCGCCGAGGGUUGACUGUAGUCCAUACCAACCACUCUAUUAUUCUUUUCCAUCAUCUAGUUGUCAGGAAGUGAACUAGAUGAAGAAAAGGACUUUUACUAUCGUAGAGAGAUGCUCACCAAAUACUUUAAGGGUUGCAAUAUAAUAAUACUAAUAGUAAUCAUAAUAAUAAAAGUGUAUUUAGUGUAAUAGGCAAUGCCCUAGGUGACCCUAUUGAAAACGGUACGUAUGAUGUAAAUGUUAAAUGCAUAGCUUACUAAAAUUUUGCCAGUAACAUAUUUGUUUACGGUAAACAAUUUUAUUCUGCGGGGCUGUGAAGGCUGCGGCAGGGGGGUCUUUUCAAUGCGCAUAUGAGAUUUUAAGUGCAAUUAUAUACAGUCAGCAUAAAUUGCAGGUGAAUCAGGUUGUACUCGCCUUUCCACUAUAUCUUAUACGCCCGAUCGCAACUGACAUGUCAGCGGGCCCGUGGAUCAAUGGUUAGAGCGUUGAGCUAACAACCAAAACAAUGCGAGUUGGCAACUAAAAAAGGAAGUGGCGUAAUCCUAAUGGACAUAAAGGACCACAUCUCAAAACUACAUCUAAUUCUAGCUCAGGCGAACAAAUUUACGACGACAGCCUUAAGGAGAACAAUGGAUAUAACGUGAAAAUACGGUUAGCAGAAUCACUGUAGGGGUUGACGGAUGUAAGAACUCUGACUAAUCAGGAAUUCGAACAUCCUAAAUUAGUGGGAACGUGUAUCUCCCCAUAUUAUUGUAUGAAAAAGAACUAAAACGUCCAUUUUAAGCAUGUAACAUUUGCCGCCUGGUGGCAGCCAAGUGCCUUGCAACUAUAGGAACACAUUUGAACUCGUCGAAGAUUUUAAGUGCGGACGGAAGAGCAACGUUCUCGUUGAAUUUGGCAUUUAUGCCGGCCAAUAUGCUGUCUGCUGAAACUGUCAAAAAUAUUUGCAAAUGCAUGGAAAAUUAAGAUUGCAAAGUGCAUAUUCCAUAAGGAAAUCUGAAAACAUUACUGCUAAAGUGUGCUGCAAUCAAAAUGUCCGUUUGACAGACUAUUUAAAAGACAUAAAAAUCUAAAGCAGGGCCGUAAUCCCGGACCUUCUAAUAGCCAACUCCUGAAUUAAAAAAAUCAUUUAACUGAAAUUGGGCGAUUGAAUUGUGCGGCUGCAGUGUUAUGGCCAUUAAGUAGAUUAUGUAACUUCGAUACUGUCUGAUCUAACCGGCAUAGCUCCGACGGCUCGUUUAUUUCCUCAAGCACGUCCACUAAUCAGAUUCAUUCCGGCGACAGACAGAAAAGAGGUCCAUACAGCAGCUGGUUACUCCGCUAAGUUGACUGUCGAAGAAACAGCCAAAAGGGGAUAUAUAUUGUAGGUAAACUUGGUCGAAACGGUAUAUAAACUUAAGUAGUUUGAGCAUCUAUGGGAAAAUAGAGUGUGGUUCAGAGUUUUGCUGAAAGGGUCAAAAGGAAUAGCCCAGCUGGAGGGCAUCGAUGAGGAAAUAACGACUGUUUACGGGAAUGCGGACCCUUCCCUAUAUUACAAGUGGCCUUGACCCAAAUUCGAGGGGUGGGUGAAGAGGUGAACGCUUGAGGUCGGGCUGGUGCCAAAGCAAGUCCAACCUUUGAAGGAUGAUGGCCGAGGGUUGUGUGUCACCCUUUUGGGCCUCAAGGAUUGUACGCCUCUGCUAUGCCAGGAUCAGCAAACCACGACCCUUGCAUCCUGGUGUGCACUGGCAGUUCUAGACCGUCUUGUUUCUUGUCGGUAGAUACGUUUAUGCUUCCGCUUGGUCUACAGGUCAUGAGCACAUCUACCCAGCCGUCUUUCUGACCCGUUAUGGUGUUGCUGUUGUUGGUUAAAAUCCUGGUCAAGUGCUGUGUGGACCAGGGGUGUGGGAUGGAGCACAAAGGUGCGAGCUCAGCCACGCCAUUCAAAUACGUUCUCCCCCAUCUCCGGUCUUGUAGACUUUGUCUUGACGCCGGGUCUCGCUGGGGGAGGAGGGCAGAGUGCGGUAGAUGCAGAACAAGUCUACAUUCACUAUAACCUGAAGGACGCACAAAUCUUUGUCUCGGUUCUCAUCAUCCUGUGGAACACACAGUGGACACAUCAUCUAAAUCAACGCUCGAACUGUCUUUAUGGUACGUAGGUUUAGGGUUGGUGAGGUAAUGAACGCCUCGGGGUUGGGAGUAAGAAUAUGAAGGUAAGGGUUCGGGUUGAAGACCAUAUACGGAAAUUUGAUCCUUCCAUGCGCCGUGCUACCGAAAGAGGAUCAAUGAUUCCGUGUCCGACAGAAUUAAGUAGUAUCCGCGUUUAGCUGAAGGGGAGGAACCACCCAGAAAGAUGUAGUGCUGCAAAUUCAGGACAGAUUGUGGCUGAAAAUAAAGGUCUCAGCUGUGCCUUAAAUGUGUCUGGUCGUUUCAGGCGCAUUAACGGCUGCCAAAGUCGACGUUCACUUGCCUACUGUCCGGGUCCGGUAGAGAAAAGACAAGCGGCGGUCAACCGGCCUUCAUGUGCAUUUACUCCUUCGAUAGCCCCCUGCUAAGCAUGCUUCAUCAAUUUAGCGGGCUGAUAAGCGAAUGUUAAUAUGUAUGAACGGUUUGCGGAAGGCCAACCUAGGUGGAUAACCGUGUGAACACAGAUGGGGAUACCCAGGUAGCCGAAGAACUGAACUUUCUUUUGACAGCGCCAGAAAGUGUGAAUGGCAAUACAACUGAACAACCAAAUGCUCUGCGUGCAAAAUAAUCCCGUGCGCGGUCUGUAGGUACGAGGACCAAACAGGGAGCAUCCGGAGACCCGCAAAAAUGCUCAAAUUUAGUGACCCACUGUGACGUGAUACCACGGAUUCCACUUAUCCCCACCAUACCCGCUCCUGAACAGUCCAUACUAAACGAGCCAGUCGUCAUCGCUUCGUAAUUUUAUUGACCGUUUUUCGGAAAUCCAUUUUUACCGAAUUGGGUUUUUUCUUAACCUCAGACUCUGGAAGUAGAGCACAAAACUGAAGCUGGCUUUUAAGAGGGACUUGAAAGUUUCGCAUGGGGUUUGAUCGUUGAUUUCGACGAUGUCCCUCAUGUGCUCCACAGCAGGGUGAAAGUAGGGACAGUCACCUGAGCGUGAAUUUGUUUUUAGUGAUAUUACACUUGUGCGGUUUCUUCUGUACUCUCUCCUCCCCUCGCACCCCGAUCCCGUGUGAAGACAGAGUCAAGAAGACCAGAGGCGGGAGAGGACGCAGGUGGCUGGCAAGACGUAGAUCCACACUUAGACGUACAACCACACCCUCUGGUCCACAAGGUAUGUACGUUGGCGAGGACUGUAAAUGGCAACACAGAGGAGAAGGCGUCUUGGAUCCAAAUUAGCGCGGCUUGCGCCUGCCGAACUCCAAGCUAGCUCCUCGUGUUAACCCAGCGGGUUUACGGUGCAACCCACUUUAGGGGACAUUGCGAGCUGAUACUUGAUUUCUGGCACAUGGUCGUUCCCAGUAGACCUAUGUGAGUUCUGCGCAUUAGGCAGUCAAGGAAGAGAACUUCGAGAAAAAGCCUGUCGUUUUCAACUUCGUUUGAUGCAAGUGGAAAUUAGCCAGACUCCUCAACCUUCAGGAAGGCAAACAUUUCAUCAUUGUACAGGCAUAAUCUUCUUUAGUACGGCUUGAGGCUUACAGGUUAUUGAUGGACGCACGCACAGACUCAACGGCAAAAUCGGUUUAUCGAAAAUUUUCAGAACCCGGCUACGGUGGUCGUUUCACGUUGGCAGAAAAUUAAGCAUCUUUUCACCAAGCGUCGAGUUUGUAAUACGGUCUUCCCAAGUCAUAUUCAAUCCUUUCCAAACGAUUAUGGGAGAUUAGUCGGUCUCUACCCUACUAUUCUGCAAUUGCUUAAAAAACCUCUUUCGGGACUUAGCACAGUCUUAACUUCACGUAAACAUAACACAUUCAAAUGACAUCUAGUCAAAUCUAUCUUCGGAGCUGACAUCGGCAGUGGGCGUGGCAGGGGGCACUAAAACAACAAUUGUCAACUACAGAAGACGCAUCGGAAAUCUGUCUAUUCAGUCCGAUUCUGUUUAUACAAAAAGGUUAAUUUACUUUUAAGCACAACUGCUUACUUUCCCAUUUCAUUCUGGUAAAUUUGGGAUUUAUCUGCCCCAUGUGUAAUGUUACGUAUGCUACUAACUAGCUGGCUUGAAGAAAUUUUAUUGACAACGCGCGUUCGCAGAAGGCUCCUCUGAAUCAAUUAACAGGAUGUUUGCUCAUCCAUAAAUAGUGUUAAUUCAUACUAUAGGAACCAGGACCUUAAAGUCAAGAAACCUCUUUUUGGUGCCGAUUGACGGAGUGUUGACCUUGUUUCGUAAUAUCAUCUGUUUGAAUGCGGCUCAGCGGGUCUAAUCUACCUCGCGAUGGUUUAUGAUUUUGGUCUUUGCCAUGUAUCUGGGUGUUCCAUGCGGCCAUUAAACAUGCACCCUUGUCUUUUCCCACACAGGUACCUGGUCCUGCCUUUAACUGUUUUAAUGGUUAAGGGCAGCAUCGUCGACUACAAUCGAGCAAGGAUUGUUUACGCUGUCGAGUUAAUCCUCGAUCUCUUCGCAAGUGUCGCAAUUUUGGUAAGUCAUCCCAAUAGAACAUCUAGCGUUGUUCAGAAUAUGCAUUACGUUUAAACAGUGCGGUCUCAUAUUCAAGACUUGAUUCUUUUUAAAUUUACAAACUUAAUUGAGAUGCAUUCGACGUCACACAUGGGGUAAUCUGCGCAGCAAAAUUCAGGAUGAUAAUGUCCUUUUAUUAUUCUGUAAGACAAAGAUUCACGGAAGGUGUAAAUUAUAGACUGAUCAAAUAUCGGUUUGCGUUGGGUAGAUAAUGAAAAAAUUGUGCGAUGUAGGGGUUGUGUGCAGUUGACAUCAUCGUGUUAACUCAGCGAACGAGUCAGUCUUAUUGAACACUGCAUGAUGUGGAAAGAGCGGAUUUCAGGGGUAUGGUUGACUGUUGACGACACCUAGGCAAGAAGACGCUAGUGCACUCAAACUUGUCUUUGAUGAGAUUCCUCCUAGCCUUCUGACUCCACUUGGAGUUAGGGUUGCCUACAGGCCGGAAGCAGCAAUCGGGCACCGAGUCAUGAGGCCAGAAGACCCACUGCCACGGCAGGAAACGUCAGGAGUCGUUUACCGGGUGUGGUGCAGUUGCGGACACAGCAACUACGUCGGAGAAACUGGGAAAUUUCCCCGGACGCGAAUGGUCGAGUACGCAGCAGCAGUGAGGUGGGGGAGACGCUUACUCUCAGAGGACCGCUCAUUCGACGGGACGCGGCCAUAUUUUCAAGCUUAAAGAGGUCGAAAUUUUAGCAAGAGAUGAGAACCGCGUGAGCUGCUAGCUGCUCAAGUCAUGGUUCUCAGGUCCGCAAUCUAUCAACAAGAGCAGUGACCUUUACCCUAUUCUGUGCGGCGAUUUUCCCUGGACAGGGGGACCAGUCAAGUGGGGAGGGCGCGGGCAAGCAAUAAUCUCAGUGACAUUGAGCCAGUUUGCCGAGCAAUAGUCACACUAGCAUCCAACACGGAUGACAGAGUCGCGGCUAUUAACGACCCGAACGAGGACUGACAAGCCACCGUCGCAUUAAUUACGACCCCAGAGGUGAUUGCGAGAGCUGUUAAUUACAGUGCAACCACUUGCUAUAAAUACUGCACUCCUUGUGCCACUAUUAGCCUUAUCUGCGACUGUCUCUGAUGAUGUGUUCGAGUGUGAAUCCGAAACGUCAGGUCAAAAAAUUUCUUGUUCCAGUGAUCGCAUCUUUGUCUUCUGAGAUUCCUCUUCAUUGUUGAUUGACUGUCCUGCAAGCAACUAGAUAAAACACAACUUUCACAUGGUUCUGAUGCCUUUCACUGGCCCGCGCCUCAAGUUGCCCCCUUUCUGAUGAUAGUAAAUAGACCGGCAACGGGCCAUGCAAGUCACACUCUAAACAGCCCCUUCAGUUUCCUUAGAAUAUAUGUUAGGUCAGUUGUUUUGGUCGUGUCCGCUGAUGGUCCGCCGCUGGCCAUCGGUUUCUGGUUUAAAAAGAACCUGUCUACUGUUAGAAUUUCAGUAACAGGUUGAUCGACGUCUAGACUGAAGGCACACCCGCUCUGCCUUACACAGGGGGAAAAGACAUCUCAGAUCCCUUGCAUGUGGGUUCAACACAAGAUGCAGAACAGAAGCGCAUAGUGCCGACCGUGUCGCAGGACCGAUAGAUCACCGCUCAAGCUCACAUGGAUGGCAGACCUGCCACGUAAGUUUGGCGACCUUCAUAAAAUCUGCCUAUUGGAUGCCCUUAUCGAUCGUGUGGGGAGGAAUAAUGCGAUGCGCGUUAUCGGGAAUGCGCGCCCCAUAACAAAUGCCAACAUUCGGCACGUUGGGGCAGGCCCAGUUACAGGCUCACAUCGAGUCAGCUGGGAUAGUUGCCGCCUUUAUUUUUGUUGCUGAAAAUCCUGGUUAAGUGUUUGUUGUGGACCAGAGGACGCGGUGGUACGCCCCCCACCUGGGUUUUCGCCGCGCCAACCACCGACGCCCUCUCCCACCUCCGGUUUUCUUGACUUGGUCACGUAACUGGCCGCAGGGGGGGAGAGGAGAGAGUGCCGUAGAUGCUGUGAAAUUCUACUGUCGCUUCAAACCAAUCCACGCACAGGUCACCGCACCUGCUUACAUUCUGGUAUGGAGCACACGGUUGACGCCAUUGGUAACAACAGUCGAACUGUCGUGUUAGCGGCGCGUAGUCGUUCAGUGAAAACACCGAGGGAGUUUAAGGGUAUAUUGGACGCGGUGAACCGUCGAACGCGACCAAGAGGAAGAGACCUUGGCAGAUUUGUGGUAUGCUGGAAAAUACCCUCUUAAGUAUGCAAAGAUAGUUCAGCGGGCAGAAAUACAUUUUGGAUGUGAAUGUGGAUGGAAUGCUAGCGGUUUCCAGAACGUAAGCGCCCCAAAAGAGCCAGCCUUCAAAGAACAGGGUCUGGUCAUCAGGGCAACGAUGGAAAAAUCUGAUCAGAAGAAGAAGUGAUCGCUGGAACAAGGGCUUUAAUGGCCUGACGUUUCGGAUUCUCACUUGAACCCAUCAUCAGAGACAGUAGCAGAAAAGGAUGUCUCGUGCACAGUAAGUUGCAGUAUUUAUAGGAUGCUACCGCAUGCCUAUAGCAAUUAACCGCGCUCCCCUUCAUUAAGGAUUGUUGUCCGUUGAUGCGCUAAUUGGUUGAUGGCCGACAUGCAAGUUGCUAAUUGCUGAAAUCUCAUCACCCGCGUUGGAUGCUGGCGUGAUGAUUGCUCGACCAUCUGGCUCACCGGCUUGCGCACUCCCCAAGUGGUCAAUUACUUUGGCCAGCCUAGGCCUCAGCACGGAAUAUGGAGUUGGGAUGUCGUUGCACUUGUUGACAGACUGAGGUCCCGUGAACCAUGACUCAAGCAACUCGCGGUUCACGCGACUAUCCAAUCUCGCGAGAAUUUCGGCCUAAUCGAACUUGAAUGUGUGGCCGGGUCUCGUCGAAUGGGUCGCGACCUGAGAGUUGGCGUCAUUUCUCCGUACAGCUGCCACGUGUUCGGCGAUUCGUGUCCGGAGCAGUCUUCCAGUUUCUCCGACGUAGUUGCUUUGUCCGCAACUGCACCAGAUCCGGUAAACGACUCCAGAUGUUUCCUGCCUUGGCAGUGGGUCUUUUGGUCUCAUCACAUGACGCCUCAUGGUGGCUUCUGGUCUGUGCGCAACUCCAACCCCAAGUGGUGCAAGAAGGCGGCUAACGGCCUCGGAAACGUUCUUGAUGUACGGGAUCGCUCGCCGGAAUUUGGGGUCGGCGCGAUUUUGUCGCUAGUCUCGUUUGCGCAGGCACUGGUUGACGAAGUUGCGCGGGUAACCGUUUUCUCGGAAAACCCGUCGAAGAUAUUGGGAUUCGGCAACCUUGUCUUCCGGUUCACUGCAGUGCUUCUCAAUAGCCGAUAUAGCGUUCUUACGCAACAGUGUUUGUGGCUGAUUGGGUGGUUCCUGUUGAAGUUCAGCAUUUGCGUCGCGUUCGUCGCGUUUCUGAACACUUUGGUCUUUAGGCCACCACAACCUUUGCGACAGACGAGGACAUCAAGGAAUGCCAGCUGGUUAUUUUCUUUCUCCCCCAUCGUAAAUUGUAUGUCCGGGAGAAGCUGUUGAUACGUUCUUUGAACGUUAGCACCUGAUCCCUUUCGAUGACGACGAAGGUAUCGUCCACAUACCGAGCCCAGAAUUUCGGUCUGUGGGGUUGGAAAAAUCUGUUGACUUCCAGAUCCUGUUUGCACAAACUUUGUCGUUAUCGGCAUCAACAUGCGAAAUACGACGUCGUAAGGACGAGGAAGUAAGCGAUGCGAGGCGUUCUCUUCAGGAUUCGAUUAUGAAAGAAACCGGAAUGAAAGCAAGGGUGCAAUUGACCAGAAGACGAUACAUAUGUGUUGUGAUCCUCUGUGCAGUCCAAUUGGUUUGACUGACGAAUCAAGUUUCAUCUUGUUUUGAGGAGUUACGAGCACCUAACACCAACCCUAACCCAAAUGCGCGUAGCUAUCAUUUGCUGAUCUUUCAGGCACUUCGACAUGCCCUAAUAGAAUAAUUAUGCGUUUCAAACUACCUCGCCCAAUUAAGUAGCAAGGCAAAUAAAACACAUUUUUCACGAGGUAAGACUAAGUACAGCUCGACCUUUUCAGUUAAUAAGCUUUCACUUAGCUAGACCCAUCACGAAUGCUUGAACCCAAUUUUCUGGUCCAUUUGUCAUCAGAUUAGACAAAAGUUGCCGGUGAAACGUAAAAGAGAACCUUUUUGCCGUAGAUCUACUUACAUGUCAGCCAGUAAGUUAAACAUAUACCCUAAACUAAUAAUUGUAAACGUCUGUCUGAAACCGAUAAUUUUUAAUGCAUAAAAAGUUUUGCACCGGGCUAAGGCUUACCUUGGCAAUCACUCAUCUCAGGUUUGGUAGCAAUUACGAUUAAGUAGACGCUCAUUCUAAAUCUAAUGCAUUCUGUCCACAUCAGUGAAGUGAUUAUCCUGAACCUUCUUUGAAAGCCUGAUGUCAAUUCGGUUCUCGUAACUAAUACCGUCUGGAGGGACAUGCAUAAUAACAACAUAGAAUCGGGAUUAAAAUGAUUGCCAUUCGUCGUCAGGCGGGUUACGGUCUUUAAUUACUUUUUUGCGUUUGUAGACAGCUUAUUUUGUCCUACCCUUGCAGAUAUUCUUACAGCCGAGAGGUUGGAACAAGUACUUCCCCUAUCACCUGUCCGUGAAUCGAGUGGAUAUCGUCACUUUUGAUGAGGCUAUUCGCUUUCCACCUCCGUCUGGAUUUCAAGCAAUUCAUGGCAGAGCCCCGCCUGGUACUCGUGAUCGGAAUGCAGUUCGAGGGUCCACGACGACCCACCUUGAUGACAGCGACGGCGGCUGA